AUGUGGCAAUCCCCAGUAGCCAUCACCGGUGCCGAGAACAUGUCCCACUCCACUCACGGCCCUCUCUUCUCCCCCUCCCUCAUUUCCGCCGACGUCACCUCCGCUCUCCCGGAAAAGUACACAAUGCGUCCCUUGCAACGCUCAGACUACAAAGCUGGCGUUCUGGACGUACUCAGAGUCCUCACGACCGUUGGCGAGAUCUCGGAGCAAGCAUGGAUUGAGCGAUAUGAUUGGAUGGCUAGGCGGGGGGAUGAGUAUUACAUACUGGUGGUGUGUGAUGGGGAAGAAAAGGUGGUGGGGACGGGAUGUGUGGUGGUGGAGAGGAAGUUCAUACACAAUCUCGGCUUGGUGGGCCAUAUCGAAGAUAUCGUCGUCAACAAAGAUCAGCAAGGAAAGAAGCUAGGCCUCCGUAUAAUAGAGGCUCUCGACUAUAUAGCUGAGAAGGUUGGGUGCUACAAGACAAUUCUGGACUGCUCGGAAACGAACGAAGGCUUCUACGUCAAAUGCGGCUACAAGAGGGUCGGACUGGAGAUGGCACAGUAUUACGACAAAUGA